AUGCCCGCCUCAGCCACUCUUACAUCUGAGCAACGGCACGCUCUGUUUGACAUUUUAUCACAUAGCGAGACGUACUCCGAGAUAGAAAAUUUCAAGUAUCCAGACGGUGUCACGGGUUAUGGCUUCCCCUUCAGCAGUGAAACCAUCAUCCCCCCUCCGGGGCGGAGUGCCUCCACGACGCCUGCUGGCUCGGGACGCAACACCCCUCGGUCACGCUCCAGGACCCCUGUGCCUCCUGGCGAAGAGAAGAAAUCCUCGGAAGCUGGGGCGGGGACCAAUGGCGAGGUAGAUGGCGAGAAGGACCGGCCGCCCUCGACCUCACCCGUGCUGCAGACGCUGUUCACCAGGUUUGCACUGCGGCUGCCCUGGUUGCGAGAACUGCCUCAGGAUUUCUGGUCGGUUAAGAUUCAAGGGAUCUUAUCGAAACUUGCCGAGGCGGAGUUGUCUGAGAGUUAUGACAAGGGUGCGCUGGGUCUCCGGAAGACACUGGCGACGGGGUCCAGCGCUCUUCUUGAGAUGAUGGGAAGAGGCGCCUUGGGGGGACUGAAGAAGCAGACUUUUGCCUCCAAUGGCGAGUCUCAGAAGGAGUAUGACCUGCAAAAGGCCGAAGACCUGGAGAGGGCGUUUGAUGAGAUUGUGCAUGGUCUCGUCUAUGGGGAUCUCGUCAAGAAGAUGUGCGACCAUAUGGUUGAGACGGACGAUUUAGAAGGCUUCUCACCCGCCUCGAAAGCUGCUGUGCAAUAUGCAAUCAUCUACGUUGCUACAUUCUUGCACCAGAUAUUUGUCCUGUCGCCUGAAGGCCAGUACCUCCUCCAGUUGAUUCAGAACCUUCAUAAUCUCGUCCCCUACAAGAUGGUCAAGCAGACCUUACGCAUAAGCAAUGUGGCGACUAUGAUCAACGGCAUGACCAGACUAAUGUUGGCCAAGGUCAGCAUUGGCGGCAUCACCAACUACUUUGGAUUGACUACUAAUGCUGACGACGGGAUGAACCUUUUCCAACGAAUCAUCUCUCUCAUCCUCUCCUGGGACGCUGCUGAGUUCCGCAAGACGGCGGAAAAGGUCGAGAAGAGCAAGGCCAAGGACCGGCCGGACGAAGACAUGCUCAAGGCCAUCAGGCAGUUCAUCGACGAGAAGAGCCGCAUGCAGCACGAGGCGGCGCGGGCCAUCAGCCUGCACAAGUCGCAGUCGAUCAUCACGACGAUUCUGACGGAGAACGACACCGAUCUGACAGAGGAGCAGCAUGCACAAUGCCUGGAGUACUACUCUGCCCUUCUCUCCAUCCAUGACCGUGACGGAAUCACGGCGGCUCUGUGCCGUCAGCAGCCAGACCUGUUCUCGCAGGUGGUGCGGGAUGUAGUGCACAUCUACGAGCCCUUCAUCAGCAUGGUUCACACCGGGGUGGAUCUGAAGGAGUACCUGGAUGGCGUGCAAGUAUUCAUCGACGAGUUCAUCAAGGCGUCGAAACCAAAGACGGAUGCAAACGGAGAGGUGCGACCGGCGAGCGUGGAGGACUAUGUGGAGCUUCUGAGGAAGAACAGAGGGUUCCUGUACACGUGGAUCCACGACGUCGCGAGCAAAUGCCCCGGGGUCUGGAACGAACUGGAGGCGUGGGCAGUAGACUCGUUUGCCAAGUUCCAGCAGAAGCCGGCGCAGCAGUCCCCUGACGGCGAGAAAUCGGAUGAGAAGGAAAAGGGGAAGAGUGAGAUGGACGCUCGUCUAGAGAGCCUCUUCCAGUCGCUGCCUGAGUCGACUCAAGAGGAGGUCCAGACUGCCCUCGACGCCCAGGCCGGCUACCUUGCCGACCUCACCGAAAUCUCGAGGGAGAGCUUUCAACACAUUUUGGAUUCCACGGCAGACUCCGAGUCCGAGAAGAACAGCCAGACCGGCCCUGGAAACUACCUACACCGGUGGCACGCCCUACUAGACGAGACCGACAUCACACCGGGGAGCGUUGUCGGGCCGGUGAGAAAGGGUAAAGAUGUCAAACACACUCUGGCACAAGGCAAGACCAGCAUUGUCGGAAACAAGCAGGAGGUCCCGCCUCGGCCAGAGAGGGCGGCUGGUCCAGCCUCGCCCGAUGUGAGCGUCGUUGUGAGCGAGAUGGGACCCGGGUUUCUGAAGAUUUUACAGGAGAUUGGCGGGCCAGGCAGAUAG